AUAAAGAAAAGAAAAAUUGCUGGUUCUUACACAAUCAAUCAUCAAGAAAAGUUCCAAUGGCAACAGCAGUUGCUUCCACCUCAUCCUCUCUCCUCUUCUUCUCCUCCACCCUCUCUUCUUCACCUUCAUCUUCUUCUCUCUCUCCUAUCCCACGCCUUUCUCUCUCUUCACCCUCUCGUCACUCUCUCUCCUCUUCUCUCUCCAUUUCCCCAUCUUUCCUCGCUAUCUCCAAAAACUCUCCGAGAAGGGCAGUUUCGUCUUCUCCCACCUCAUUCACCGUCACGGCGGAGAAGAAGAAUGUGCUCAUUGUCAACACCAACAGCGGCGGCCAUGCCGUCAUCGGCUUCUACUUCGCCAAGGAACUUCUCGCCGCCGGCCACGCUGUCACGAUCUUGACCGUCGGUCAAGAGGCCUCCGACAAGAUGAAGAAGCCCCCGUUCAGCAGAUUUUCAGAAAUUGUGAGUGGUGGAGGCAAGAUUGUGUGGGGAGAGCCGGCAGAUAUCGGGAAAAUAUUCGAGGGUACUGCAUUUGAUGUGGUGUUGGAUAACAAUGGCAAAGAUUUGGAUGCCGUUAGGCCUGUAGCAGAUUGGGCCAAGAGCAGUGGUGCAAAGCAGUUUCUGUUCAUCAGUAGUGCAGGAAUCUACAAGGCAACAGAAGAACCUCCUCAUGUUGAAGGGGAUGCUGUCAAAGCAGAUGCUGGCCAUGUUGUAGUCGAGAAAUACAUCUCGGAGACAUUCGAUAAUUGGGCGUCGUUCCGCCCACAGUACAUGAUCGGCUCUGGCAACAACAAAGACUGUGAGGAAUGGUUCUUCGACCGUAUUGUUCGAGGUAGGCCAAUCUUGAUACCUGGAUCGGGGAUGCAGUUAACAAACAUAUCACAUGUGAGGGACUUAUCGUCAAUUCUUACGUCGGCGGUUGAAAAGCCAGAAGCAGCAAAGGGAAACAUAUUCAACUGUGUUAGCGAACGAGCUGUCACACUCGAUGGAAUGGCGAGAUUGUGUGCUAAAGCUGCUGGUUUGCCUGUUGAAAUUGUGCACUACGAUCCCAAGAAAGUGGGGGUCGAUGCAAAGAAAGCGUUUCCUUUCCGUAACAUGCAUUUCUAUGCGGAGCCGAGAGCUGCAAAGGAGAUACUUGGAUGGAGUAGUACAACGGAUCUUACGGUGGAUUUGAAGGAACGGUUUGAUGAGUAUGUUAAGAUUGGUCGAGACAAGAAACAGAUUCAGUUUGAGUUGGAUGACAAGAUUCUAGAAGCACUCAAAGUACCCGUGGCAGUGUGAUUGCUGAUUUUACCCAAGCAAAUCACUAUUUAUCGAAAAUUUUGCAAGGCUUUGAUUGUAUGUAAACUGCUCAUCUGUUAAUCAUAACAAUUGGCAAUCCCGAUAUUCCGGAAAUAAA